AAGGUGGUGAUUGACUCCGCUGUCCUGGCGUCGUGAGGGAGUUUGUUCCACCAUUGGGGGGCCUAGUUAAAUAAAGUGAAAACAGUUUUGGCAUUGAUUUUAAAAAAACAACAACGUAAGGCUACUAUUAUUAUUGUUAUUUUGGUGACUACCUGGUUGAUUGACAAUGUUGGGUUGUUAGCAUGUUUGUUUUUAUAUAUAAAUAAAUUUGGGAACACACAAAAAGGCAGUGUAGAACACCAUUUCCCAUCAUGCAUUGUUCUAACAACUUUCAAAAGAGUGUUCCAAAGUUUCCCCCCCAAAAAUGUAUUUUCCUAUGAAAGAAAUCACACAAAAAUGUGUCUUUUCACGCUAAUUAAGCCACACAAAAACGCACAAAAUCUGCUGAAAUACUUUUUGUACAUAUUUGCAAGAAUUGAGUGUGAGAUUGUGUUGCGGCUAAAGGUCAAAUGUUGGUAUGAAAACUCAGUAGAGUUAAAAAUGUGCGGGAUUUUUUUAUUCGGCACAUGGGAAUUUAAUCUCAAAAGGUAUUUUUUAAGUGCACUACAUCACUCACAGCCUUUUAUUCGCAACAAGUUGCCUACAUUUGAUGGAAACACAUAUUUGCCUAAGGUUCUUCGAAAAACUUUGAGGAGCUUACAAGAACCAUUUUUGAACCCCCUAUUCUAUUUAGUGUGGUGAGAAAAUCUUAAUAUUGUUUUUAUGUGGAUUUGUGAAUAUUUGCAUGGAAAUCUGUCGUCAGUUGGAUGGAAACCUAGCGAGUGUCAUUGAUUCAACCCUUCAAUUUUGGGAUUAUAUUGAACAUUUCAAUAGGCAAACCAUUCGUGUUUUAAAAACAAAGAAGUUAGCAAUUAUAUUUGUUUGUACCCUACUCCAUAAAAUAAAAUGUGCCUAUUACAGAAAACCUUAUGCACAUAAAACAGCUGAUAACCCAUAAUUACAAAACAUCUGGAAAAAUACACCAAGGACCUGUUUCAUAAACGGUGCAUAGAGGUCAAACAAAUGAAUUAGAUGACUGGUUAUUUAGUUUGGAUGGGGACACACGCAAGAAACGCUCUACCAAUGCUCCUUGUGUGGAAAGAGUUUUACCAAGUUGGGGGGGCCUGAUUAUUCAUGACAGGACACACUCAGGAGGGGAUAAAACCUACCACUGCUCCCAUUGUGGGAAGAUAUUUAACUACAAAACAUUGAAUGUAUAGGCCUGCUGCUGAAUAAUGAUACAUGGCCUCAUAAUGUAUGUUUAUUCACAUAAACAAACAACAAUAACUGAUAGGCCUUGCAUUGGUGAUGCCAAAGGCAUUCAUAAGAUUUUGGGUGGCCUAUCGGAUUUAAUAACCUCAACUCUUAGAUUUGUUUGUUCUAUUAUGUUAAAUUAGAAGUCUAUAUUUAAUUGCAUUCAACGUUUUUCUGAAAUAGGCUAAUGUACCUUAAUGAUUUGCUUGGAUUAUGCUAAGCAUUUCAAAUAACGUUUGUGGUUUGAUGAGUUGAAUAGAUUUUCUAGGCUGCUAUGUGAAAGAGAAAGUCAAAUUGCACCACAAUUUGGGCAAUGGUUAACUCGCGUCAGUGUAUCUUAUGUUUUUAUCGGUAGCCUGUCUUAUCUCCUCCAACCUAAUGCAAGGUCCGGAUGCAGCGGUGAUGUUUCUAAUCGACAGAGGGCAUAUGGCGCUUUGAUUUCCUGCAAGUCACUGUUUUUUCUACUGUAUCAUGGUCUGGAGGACCUGCCUGCCUUCCUGCGCCUGAUAGAAUACUUCUGCAUUAACUGACAGAGAAUUAACUGAAAACAUGCUAUGUCAUAUGAGCCUGGUCUUAAACAAAAAUGAGUGACUAUUAAAUGUUUUAAGUCUAUUGCUGUCACCACUUUAUUGUCUCACUUCAAAGUUAAUAAACGAAUAGGCCUAAUCAAUUAUUUAGUCUUUGUAGCCUAAAUGGUAUCUGCUAUAGGCCCGGCAAAUCGUACCAACAUUGCCAUUUCGUUUUUCUUUAUUUGUUCUUAAUAAUUUAAUUGCGUUGUCGUAUUUUCUACGUCAUUUCAAAGACAAUACAGGCCUAUACAUGUGUUUUGUAUGUUAAUAAUUUCAUGUGAAAUGUUUAUCAAAUGAAUAGGUCUGUCAUGUUUGGACAUUGAAAUUAUGUAUUUUCACUGCACCAAUACAACAAUUUAAAUUAUUCUGAAUGGCACGGGCCAGCGGCUGGUUGAAACAUUCUAAAUGUGACGUACAGAUAGUCUCGGUCCCACUGGUUGUCUGGCGUGUGAGCUCCAGCUGAAUGCGCUCGCUGCAUGCCUUAUUGUUCUGUGCGUAAUUGGGCCAGAACAGGUCAUCAGCGGUCCCACUGUGCAGACAGGGAACAUACGUAUCUGUUUACUCACUGAGCAUAUUAUAAUAAUGCAGGAAAUACGAAACUCCGGUGGCACCGCAGGCAGACGUGUGCAGUUGUCUGCAGUUAUCAAAUAUAGCCUGUAUGUAUGGAGACACCGAACAAAUUGAUGUUUGAAAAUACACUUGUGAAUGACGCAAAACAAUUCAAUACCGAUGCAGUGUUAUCAUGCAUGAGUCUUUUAACAACAUUUCGUCAUUCUACAAAAUGCUAUAGCCUAUAUUAUAAACCUAUAUUAUAAACAAUAAACAUAUUAUGUGACGUGACUAUUUGGUCACAUCCACGUCCAUACAUCGCCUACUAUUCUCUGAUUCUCAUUCUCAUUCAUGUGCAAUCGAUGACGGUAAUAUAUGGAUCCUGUACCAUUAUCAAGCACAUUCUACAUGUCUCAUGAUGACGAACGUGUGGCACGGUCCACGGUCUAUAGCUGGCACCCUGGUGCUGCAUACCGCGUUUCCUCUCUCCCCUGUCCUGUACUGCAGUUAGGGAUAGGGAGGGAUUAAGUAACACACUGAUAAAGCAGUGUAUCACUUAUCCGGAUUGAUAUGGGUUGUAAUUCCCCCAGUAGAGCUACAGGCUGAUCCGUGAGAUGGAGCUGCCUGGGGAGCAGUUGGUUCUGGAGGCGGACCAAUCAUAGCCCCCCGAGCGGCAGCAAACUGAGGAGGAGUUUCCUCUAGCUUAGGCACCUGUCCCUAAAAGCUCCCCACAACACCUGGCAGACGGGAGAGGGCGUGUGCGCAUGCUUCAUCCCCAGCUAGAACUCUCUUAAAGUUGACCACACAUUGUCAACCAAUAGUCUUCUAAUCUUUUCAGGAAUAAAACAGCAGCACCGCAUCCCAGGAACAGAGGAGCAGAUUGCUGUUGGAUCGCCAGUGAUUUUGGAUAUUAGCAAAGGUCGAACAAGGAGAGUGAAAAUGCCUCGGUCCUUCUUGGUGAAAAGUAAGAAGGCGCACAGCUACCACCAGCCCCGCUCCUUUGAAGAUGACUACAAUCGACUGGAUACUAUCUUAGCUCAUAUAUGUGCAGAGAAUAGUAAGAUUCCAGAGGACUUGGAUGCCUUGACUGGCGGCGAUGCCAUAGGCGGGUUCUCCCCGGACUCUCACCUGGCUGACACGGCUGAUUUCUCCAAGUCCCCGCUCAGCUGUGGGGACAGUGUGUGCGGUCCAGCCUCGGAUUAUGAAGACUUCUGGCGGCCUCCAUCGCCCUCAGCAUCACCAGUAGAUUCUGAUAAAUCCCUGUCUCCCUCCGUGGACGAGACACAACCCUUUGCUGUUCCAUUCCGGCCCUAUGCAUGGAACAGUUACUCUGGUUCUGACAUUCGGCAUCUGGUCCAGCAAAAUCUCCACCACCAGCACCACCAUCCCAUGGACCUGGACCGGAGCCCAGCUCUGGGUUACUAUGGUGACCGGGCCAUCGAACCGACCCUCUUCGAGGGAAGCCCGGUACCUGAAAAUUACAGUGAUUACAGGGCCGCUGCCUGUUUGUUCGAUAGAGCCACCGCCCCCGGGGUUGGGUUGUACUCGGAAGGGAACCUGCAGGGGAAAAGCUCAGAAAUCAAGGCUGAGUCUGACCUUCUGUGCUCACGGCUCAUUCUGAAUGGUGCCUACAAGUGCAUCAAAUGCAGCAAGGCGUUUUCGACUCCCCAUGGGUUGGAGGUUCACGUUCGCAGAUCACACAGUGGCACGAGGCCCUAUGGUUGUGAUAUAUGUGGCAAAACCUUCGGACAUGCUGUCAGCCUCGAGCAACAUAAAGUUGUGCACUCUCAGGAAAGAAGUUUUGAUUGCAAAAUCUGUGGUAAAAGCUUCAAAAGGUCGUCGACUCUCUCCACGCACCUCCUCAUCCACUCGGAUACACGGCCUUACCCAUGCCAGUAUUGCGGGAAGAGGUUCCACCAGAAAUCAGACAUGAAGAAACACACAUUCAUCCACACAGGUGAGAAGCCGCACAAAUGCCAGGUGUGUGGGAAAGCGUUCAGCCAGAGCUCCAACCUCAUAACUCACAGCCGGAAACACACGGGCUUCAAACCGUUCGGAUGCGACCUCUGCGGCAAGGGAUUCCAGAGAAAAGUCGACUUAAGAAGACACAAAGAAACCCAGCAUGGAUUAAAAGCCUCAAACUAAAAUCAAAUAAUGGACACCAAACACUAUUCAACAAACCACUUUUUUUUGGAAACCGGAAAUAAGCUAGUUAUCCAUUCCUCAAACAUGUUAGACUAAGACAUACUGGUGGAGUAUUGUAGAGGCUUCUGUGCAGUAUAGGUUAAGACAAAACCGGUUUGAACCAGGGAGGGACAUUAUCCGAACCCAAAAUAUUAGUACAAAAUAACCGGAUAGGCAAUAUAACCACCAAGAAAGCGCAAAAACAAAAACAACAGACGAACAAUUUCCAACGGACAGUUGGGAAAACAGCCCUUGUCUAAAGAAUGUCACUUUGUUUUCAGUUGGACGCCAUGGAUGCUGGCACAACAGUCACUACAACAAGGCUAUGUGAUUUAAUAAACAAAAGGUUUGUGCUUUUAUUUUAUAAACCAGAAAUGUUUUCAUUUUUUUCAUUUUCGUUCUUCCAAUUCAAAUUGCACAUUUGUAUUUUAUAUCAACCAGACUGUAUAUCCAGAUGUUGUUUACUAUCAUGCUAUACCUUAUUUAUUGAUCAGAUUAUCAUUUGAAUAAAAUAUGAAAACUGUAAUCCAA